CCCGGGCCGCCCCCGCCGCCUGCACCACUGGGAAGAUGGAUGGGCACGUCCUGGGAUGGAUCGUCCUCCUGUGGCUCGCAGCUGAGGUGGAAGGGUUGCAGGUCACUGUGCCUGAGAAGAAGAAGGUGGCCAUGUUAUUUCAGCCUGCUCUGCUUCGCUGCCAUUUCUCUACUUCUUCCACCCAACCUGCUGUGGUGCAGUGGAGGUACAAAUCCUACUGCCAGGACCGGAUGGGAGAAGCUCUGGGUAUGGUGACUUCUGGUUUGCAAACAAUGAGCAAGAGGAACCUGGACUGGGAUCCCUACCUGGACUGUGUGGACAGCAGGAGGACAGUUCGUGUCGUGGCCUCCAAACAGGGAUCUGCCAUCACCAUUGGAGACUUCUAUAAGGAAAGAGACGUCAGCAUUGUCCAUGAUGCAGACCUGCAAAUCGGGAAGUUAAUGUGGGGAGACAGUGGCCUCUAUUACUGCCUUAUUAUCACACCAGAUGAUGUGGAGGGCAAGAACGAAGAAUCAGUGGAGCUGCUUGUGCUUGGCAGGACAGGGCUGCUUGCUGAUCUCUUGCCCAGUUUUGCUGUGGAGAUUAUGCCAGAGUGGGUCUUUGUGGGCCUGGUGAUCCUGGGGGCGUUCCUGUUCUUCCUGCUGGUGGGGAUCUGCUGGUGCCAGUGCUGCCCGCACAGCUGCUGCUGUUACGUCCGCUGCCCCUGCUGUCCCGAGUCCUGCUGCUGUCCCCGGGCACUGUAUAUAGCAGGCAAAGCAGCAAAAGCUGGGUAUCCUCCUGCAGUCUCUGCCAUGCCAGGUCCAUACUACAUCCCCAGUGUUCCUGUUGCUGGUGUCCCAUCUCCUGCUGUGCUGAUGGAUAAGUCACACCCACCUCCCUUAGCCCCAAGUGAGGCCAGUGGAGGAAGCCAGAAUGCAGUGCGCAAGGGGUACAGGAUCCAGGCUGACAAGGACAGGGACUCCAUGAAGGUGCUGUAUUAUGUCGAGAAAGAGUUGGCUCAGUUUGACCCAGCUAGGAGGAUGCGAGAACGAUAUAACAACACGGUGUCGGAGCUGAGCUCGCUGCACGAGGAGGAGCUGAAUUUCCGCCAGCCCUACCGGCAGGCGCGCAGGAAACCUCUGCCGCCCGCGGGGGACAGGGACGGCGACGCCGAGUACUGGGCAGGAGCCGUGGGGGGAGGCAGCACCUCCAGGUCACAGGCUGUGUCUGACUACAGGGAUGAGAGGGACAGCUACUGGCACAGCCAGCAGAGAUCCAAGUCGGAGAUGCUGUCCCGCAAGAGUUUCUCGGUGGGAGUGCCGGCCGUGUCCAUGGACGAGCUGGCGGCCUUCGCCGAGUCCUACAGCCAGCGGCCGCGGCGGGCGGACAGCCAGGAGCUGCGGCGCCUGGAGCCGCACGGCGGCCCCCCCCCCCCCCCCCCCCCCCCCCCCCCCCCCCCCCCCCCCCCCCCCCGCAAGCGCUGCCGGCCCGGCCGCGACCUGCCCGACUCGGAGCGGGGCUGGUCCUACAGCCCGCCCCGCCGGCGCGCCCACGAGGAGAAGCACCUGCCCAGGCUGGUGAGCCGCACGCCCGGGGGGAGCCAGAAGUACGAUCACUCCUACCUCAGCAGCGUGCUGGAGAGGAAAUCCCGCAGCUACGACGAGGGCGGUGACCACUGUGCCACCCCCUCGAAGCUGAGCUCGCAGCCCAGCCAGAGGGGAGGCGGCACCUACUAUGCCUGGUCACCACCCUCCACCUACAAGGCCGAGAAGUCGCAGCCGCCGCCGCCGCAGUCGUCGUCCCCCGAGCAGGAAGAGGAGGAGGAGGAGGAGGACAGCCUGCCUCCCUACAGCGAGAGGGAGCUGAGCCGAGGCCCUUCCUACAGGGCCAGGGAACAGGCCUACCUCAAUGCCUCUGACAAGAAGAGGAAAAAGGACCCCAAGAAAACAAAUGAUUUUCCAACAAGGAUGUCCCUUGUGGUUUGAAGUUGUUGUGGACCUGUCAUGUUGAUGGGCUGGAUAUCAUGAGGUGACUGCAGGGGAGAAGAUGCAGAGCAACGAGCAAGACAUGCCUCUGUGAACCUUUGCAGCCAUCAGCCAUGGACUGUUUAAAUUUUUUGUUUCAUCCAGGGGAGCUGAGGCUUUUGUAAGAGACAGACUCCAAUGGACAGCACUCAAUCUGAGAGGCUCUGGGAGCCUGCCAGGAAAAUGAGGCUGGGGCUCUCUUUGGCACCCUGUUUUCCAGUGCCCUCCUCUCUGCACUGGACAGCAGCCUCGUCCCUACUGCCCCUGCAGCCCUGAACUACAAGUGAGGCUGCCUUUGUGCCUCUUGCCUGCCCCAUGUGCAGAGGGAGGCAUGUGUGCCUCUUGCUCUCUCUGUCUCCUCAGUUCUCUGUUUGGAUCAAAAUUGUCUCCAUGCUUAAAGCCUUUUUUGUAUGACCCCCGUGCUGGGGGGAGGCUUUGUUCUUACAACUGCAGACUGCCUCCAGCUGAUCAGUCCCUAAAUCCUGAAAGAAAAUCCACAUCCUUUCAGACACUGUAAGAAAAUGACUGAUGAGAUGUUACCUUGAUAAGGGCUGAAUGGGGAAAGAGACAAUUAUGAGCUGGUUUGUUCAAUAUAUUUAGAUCUGUUCGUUGUGUGAUGAGAGUUGCAGGUGAGAUUGAUGUAUUGUUUUGAAAGUGGGUCAAAGUAGCUUUUAUUGUGAUGAGAGCAUGAUUUGUUUCCUCCCUGCCCCCAGCCAUGUUUUGUUUCGAUGCUGUUGCAUUUCCUUGCAGCUCAACUGUGACCCUGUGGAGCUUCAAGCUGGAGUACCUACUCCACUGUUUUAACAGCAGUGCUCCAGCCUUCCUGGUGCUCUGCUUCCAGCACCACCAGACACCUCUGCCACUCUAGUGAGUGGCCUUUUUGUUUCAAGGAAGCAAAAAGGGGACAGUCUCAGUGAGAGGGCAGCUGCAAACCUGCAUCCUGUGCCACUGGUAUCACUCCUUUCUGGGAAUAGUUUCCCAGAACAAACUGCUACUGAAGAGAGCAGUAACAUCAGUGGGAAAAGAAUAAGCACUGUGGAUGGAUUCAAGCUUUGAAAGUCACACUUUUGCUGGGAUGUGGUUUUAGUGGCUGUUGUCUCAGGAAUAGCUUUAUUUAGAAUGGCUUCACACCAUUUGGAAGCCUGACAUUCUGGUUUUCAUAGGGUAUUAUGCUGUCAUUUAUUUAGCUGCUAAAAUCAUCAUGUGAGGGAAGAUGAUGGGAACAUUUUACGGUCCAUUUUAAGGUGUUUUUAUUAUACCUAGAAACAACUUAGUGCCCUGUUGUGUUAUGGACAUUAUCAGCCUCUGAAAUGACAUCUUUGUUGUUCCUCUGGGAAUUUGGGAAGCUGUCUGAUCUCAGAUGCUCAAACUGGCAAUACUGUUUGGAGCACAAGAUAUAUUAACAUCACUGCAGUUCUCCAUAAAAGUGAUACAUUAAUUUCUGUUAUGCGCCUUUGCCAGAUAGUUCACCCACCAGGAAUGCUCAGGGGAGAGGAAACGUAAUCUCUGUAGAUUUGAUGACAGUUUCCAUGUGAGAAGGUGAAUUGAUGAAAGGAUGAUGUUCUCCUGCACUCCUCUAGUGAUUACUGUAGUUUUGGAAAUCCCAGUCCAAGUCUUCCUGGCUAGAGAGGGAUUAGCCAGCAGGAACAUACAGUUGUGGAAUUCCAGAAUUGUUUAUGCAGGAGGUAGCCUUUAAACAUUCCAAGAUUUAAAGUUUCAACCCUCUGCCACGGGAAGGGACAUCCUCUACAUAUGAGGUUGCUGGAAGUCCCUUCCAACCGGACCUUGAACACUUUCAGGGAUGAGACAUCUGCAGCUUCUCUGGGCAACCUAUUCCAGUGUCUCAGCACCCUCACAGUAAAGAAUUUCUUUCUUGUAUAUAGUCUAAAAUUAUCCUCUUUUACUUGAAAAUCAAUGACCUGGUAAAAAGUCUAUCUCCAGCUUUCUUGUAGGUCCCUCUAGGCACUGGAAGGCUCUCAGGUCUCCUCAGAGUCUUCUCCAGGCUUAACAGCCCCAACUCUCUCAACCUGUCUGUAUAGAAGAGGUGUGCCAGUCCCUCUGACCAUUUUUGUCUCCCUCCUCCAGAUCUGCUCUAACAGGAACAUGUCUUUGUGUGGGUGGCCCCAGAGUUGAACAGAGUGCUCUGUGUGGGGUCUCAAGAGAAGGGAGAGGAGGGAAAUUCCACUCUGUGGCCUGUUGGUCACUCACCUGAUGCAUCCCAGGAUAUGAGCAUGUGGCUGGCUCAUGUCCAGCCUUCACCACUAUAAAAUCAUCGAGUUGUGGAAUGGUUUGGAAGAGACCUUAAAGAUCAUCUGGUUCCCCAAGUCCUUCUCAGGGCUCCCAGUGCAUUGUUCCCCCAGUGUGUACCAAUGGCAGGGGUUGCCCUGACUCAGGUGUAGCACUCCACACUUGGCUGUGUUGAACUCUGUGAGGUUCUCGUGGGCCCACUCCUGUCCCAGGUCACUUUGGAUGGCAUCCCUUGCCUCCAGUGACACUGAGCCAUUGACUGAUGCUCUGGAUGUGGCCAUCCAGCCAACUCCUUGUCCAUCAAGUAGUCCACCCAUCAAACCCAUCUCUCUCCAGUUUAGAAACAGUGUGGGACUGUGUCAAAGGCCAGAAGUCAAGGUGUAUGAUACCAGAUGGAUUUUCCUUAUCCACCGGUGCAGUCACUCUGCCAUAGAAGGUCUCCAAGUAAGCAGGUGUGAUUUGUCCUUGGUGGAGCCAUGACAGCUAUCUUUAAUCACUUCUCUUCUAUCCAUGUGCCUUGAGAUGGCUUCCAGGAGGAUCUUUCAGGGCACAGGGGUGAGGCUGAUUGAUCAAGAGUUCCCAGGGCCGCCUUCUUUUAUCCCUUUAAAACAGGUCUGAUGUUUCCCUUCUGCCAAGUCACUGGGGACAUGACUGCCUGAGUGCCAUGACUUUUCAAACAGGGAGAGCAACUUAGCAACUGCAUUUACCAUCUACCUGUAUUAUGGCUGGAGAGACUUAACAUUUUAAGUAUUUUCAUCUUUUUUUACCAUUAAUUGUGUGUUCUUAGGAAAAUCACAUCCCAGUUAGCAAGAGGUGGGCAGGUGGCUGCCAUCUGAGGUCUCUGAGGCCUUGAGAAGAGCUGCAGAGCUACAGUACAUGCUGUUAUAAAUCAAACAUUUCAUUUCUGACAUAUCAGGAUUCUAGCAAGUUGAUGUUUUGUUCGUUUGAAAGCCUUGGCAACCCCUCUGCCAUGAAUUUCAAGGGAGCUUAGCCUGCUUUCAUUUCCAUCAGACCCAGGAGACAGUUGACGUAGAAAUUUGAAAGUGAAUCUCACUAUGCCAGAAAGGAGCCAAACCAGUGGUUUUACAGUCUCUGAAUACCUCUGUCUUUUAAAUCAUACUGGAAGCCUGAGCAUUACAAUCUUCUCAUUUCAGUUAUGUUCUGUCCCUUAUCUCAGUCACUGUAGUUUAUUUGAUCAAGCCCUCAGGAAUGAGUUGUGUGUAUUAAAAAUACCAGUCUUCA